UGGAUGCCAUGUCUUGCACAUAAAAAAUUGAUAAACCAUUCUUGAAUAAACAAUAGAAGCUUCUAUUUCACACUAUAUAAGGCGACAUUUCCCAUCACAAUUCACACAAACAAACCUUCAUAUCUUAAUUUCCCAUAUAUUUAAUUCCAAUUAAAGCUCAUAAAACAUAACCAUGGUUGCCAUCACUUAUGAUAUGGAGGUUCCUUCCUCAGCCCCAGCUGCAAAGAUGUUCAAAGCCAUGGUGCUCGACGCCGACACUCUCAUUCCCAAGAUCAUGCCUCAGGCCAUCAAGAAUGUGGAGAUCUUGGAAGGGGAUGGUGGCGUUGGCACCGUGAAGAUCAUUCAUUUUGGCGAAGGGAGUCACUAUACGAGCGCUAAGCACCGCGUGGAGGCCAUUGACAAGGAGAACUUGACACACACAUACAGCAUCAUCGAGGGCGAUGCUCUUGCAGGUGUCCUCGAGUCCAUCACUUAUCAUAUCAAGAUCGUCCCAACGGAAGAUGGGGGAUGCAUAUGCAAGAACAGAAGCAUUUACAACACCAAAGGCGAGGUCGAGAUUAAUGAUGAGAAAAUAAAGGAAGGGAAAGAGAAGGCCAUGGCUAUGUUCAAGGCCAUUGAGGCAUAUGUUCAAUCCAAUCCUGAUGCCUAAGUGUCAACUCAAUUGCUGAUUCUCUCAUUUAUUUUCUUCCCUUUUAAUGCUUGAGUUUGUGCGUUUUUUUUUGUUCUGUUUCUGUAAUGUUGUUAUUUUCUUGAAUUUCAAGUCAAUGAAUUUGAUAAUAUCUCUCCACACAUCUCUUCUCAUAUUCUUCUGAACAACAAAAUAGCAAUUGGUAGUUAAUAUACUCCCUCAGUCCUUCGUUAAGCAAGGCACUCUUUUUUGCACUCAUUUUGAAAAAAUAAUAUCUAAUAGUUGAAGUCGAAAGAAAAUAAAGUAAAAGAGAGAAUAAUGUAGAGUAACAGCUACCAUGCUUACGCUGCUGCAAGAGAGCGGCCAUCAACGUAGACAGUGA